AUGGCUUCAGAGAUCCAGCAAGUUCGGCUGGACAAUUCGAGCGAUGAGAAGGUGUCUGAGACCUCACAUGGAGAUGACAAGAUAACAACCAAGGACACGAUCGAGCCGUACGUGGCAGACCUGGAGGGAGAAGGUUACGAGGCAGAGAAGCAGAAGCUUUUCGAAAAGGCCGAGGCUGUAGAAUUGGUCCCUAAUGAGGCGUUUACAUGGAACGUCGAUGGAGAUCAGUCGCCUUUUCCGGAGGUAGCGGCUUGUGUCCCCAAUACUGACGACCCGAGCAUUCCUUGCAACACUUUCCGGGCUUGGUUUCUUCUUACUGUGUUUGUUAUUCUCUUUGCGGGCGCCAAUCAGUUCUUUGGUCUCCGAUACCCGUCUCUAUCCAUCGGUUAUGUUGUUGCCCAAUUGCUUGUCUUCCCAAUCGGCAGAGCGUGGGAGAAACUACCGCGAUGGCGAUUGCCUCUAGGGCCUCUCUCAUUUGAUUUCAAUCCCGGCCCCUUUAGCAUCAAGGAGCAUGCUCUGAUUGUCAUUUGCGUCAACAUUAGUGCCUCUGUUGCCUAUGCUUCCGGAGCACUUGUGGCCAUUAUCAGUCCCGUGUACUGGAAUAAAGAUAACGGAGCUGGAUUCUCGUUCUUGUUUCUCCUGACUACGCAAAUGCUCGGUUUCGGUCUUGCGGGCUUGUCGCGUCGAUGGCUGGUGUAUCCUGCCGCUCUGAUCUGGCCGUCGUCCCUGGCCUCGACCGUCCUCUUCCGUGCUCUCCACGAACCUCAGGAGCGCGUUUCGGCAAACGGAUGGACCAUUUCUAGAUAUAGGUUCUUCUCAUACUGCACCAUAUUUGCCUUUGUCAUCUUUUGGUUCCCUGAUUACCUUUGGACGAGCCUUAGCACCUUUGCCUUUAUCACCUGGAUCGUCCCGCACAACCAAAAAGUCAACACCAUAUUUGGCAUGAACUCUGGCCUUGGUUUGCUGCCAAUCAGCUUUGACUGGACCCAGAUCAACUAUGCCGGAACGCCUCUGACGACGCCCUUUUAUAUCAGUUGCAAUGCAUUCGCCGUGGUCGUCAUCUUCUACCUGUUCCUGUCGCCAAUCUUGUAUUACAAGAAUGUGUGGUACAGUGCAUAUCUACCACUUCUGUCAUCGAGUACAUUCGACAACACUGGCUCCUCAUACAACAUCUCUCGAGUCGUUGACGAGAAUCUGAAUUUUGUCUUGAGCAAAUACGAAGAGUACUCUCCAAUGUACAUCUCAAUGUCGUACUCCAUCUCUUACGCUCUAUCCUUUGCCGCAGUCACCGCAAUGAUCUUCCACACGUACCUGUACAACGGAAAGGAGAUCUGGGACAAAUUCAAAAACUCUCGUGCUGGUGGAGAAGAUAUCCACAAGCGUUUGAUGAAUCACUAUAAAGAAGUACCUGACUGGUGGUAUGGAGUCUUGACGGUAAUCGUUCUCGGCCUUGGUAUCAUGACCGUCCGCUACUGGGAUUCUGGACUGCCGGUCUGGGGUUUUAUUGUGGUCUGCUUUGGCAUGGGCGUGACAUUGAUCAUCCCCGAAGGUAUUCUGGAGGGUACCACGAACCAGCGAAUCUUCCUCAACAUCAUUACGGAGCUCAUUGCUGGAUACGCUUGGCCAGGCAAGCCCAUUGCGAAUAUGAUGGUCAAGUGCUACGGCUACAACUCGGUCAAGCAUGGUAUGGACUUUGCUCAGGAUCUGAAGCUGGGCCAGUAUAUGAAGAUCCCUCCCCGGGUUUUGUUUGUUGGCCAGAUCUACGCCUCCAUCCUUGCUACCGCGACCCAGACGGGAGUUCUACGCUGGAUGAUUGCCAACAUUGAGAACCUCUGCAGCUCCAAGAACACGCAGCGCUUCACGUGCGCCGGUACAAAGGUAGUUUACAAUGCAUCUCUCGUCUGGGGCAGCAUUGGUCCUCAGCGCAUGUUCCAGGCCGGCCAGGUGUACAACGGAAUCAUGUACUUUUUCCUCAUUGGUCCCAUUGUCACCGUCAUUGUCUACAGCAUCUACCGCAAGUAUCCCAACAGCUGGGUGCGCUACAUCAACGUGCCCAUUUUCUUCAACGCUGCCGGUAACAUCCCACCGGCCAACACGACGCAGUACUCGUUGUGGUUCAUCUUUGGAUUCCUCUUCAACUAUUUGGUCCGGAAGCGUGCGUUUGCUUGGUGGAAGCGAUACAAUUAUUUGCUACAAGCCGCCAUGGACACUGGCACGGCUCUGGCCACUGUCAUUAUCUUUUUCGCACUGAGCUACAAUAACAUCACGCUCAGUUGGUGGGGAAACAAUGUUGGAUCUGACACGGAUGAUUCCAAUUCGGUGCCGUACCUGACAGUUCCAGAUGGCUCAUACUUUGGAAAGGGACCUGGGCAGUUUUAA